AUGGGCGACGAAACUCCAUUGCCCCAAUCCGCAAUCCAAAUAAUACAGUCUCUUCUAACCAGAAAAGAAGCUGCUCGGACGGCCACUCUGUCAAAAUCCUGGCGCAGCGCGUGGCUGACUAGCCCACACCUCGAACUCGAUGACAGCGAUUUUGAACGGAACUUUAGUUAUGGAGAAGAAGAAGACGACGACUUCGACGAGGACGACUACGACGAGGACGAAGAAGAAAGCGGGGAUCAUCCCGCGAUUGAUGAGUUCUCUGUCUUCGCGAAGAAAACCGUGCAAAGGUACGAGGAUUCGAACCUAAAGAUUGAGAGUUUCAGGUUAAGAAUGAACUAUUAUAAGCGUUGUAAAUGGGACGAUAAUCUUAUCGGCCUUGCUUACGAGUUGAUCGUAAGAGCGUUGAGAUUGGGCGCGACCUGUCUCGAUCUUCAACUCACGGGUUUCAGUGACGAGAGACCCAUUUUGCCGCACGAGGUUUUCGAAGCUGAGAACCUUGUCGAGUUAUCCGUGGAAGGCUACUUCAUUCAUGAUCUCGUGCUGGAUCAAAGGGUAAGAUGUUCAAAGCUUGAAUCCCUUACUUUGAAUGACGUGAGGAUUAAACGCGAUAUGGUCUCCCGCAUAAUUUCAGUCUGCCGCUUGAUUAAAAAAUUAUCACUGUGCAAAAUUAAGGAUAAUAGAUUACAGAGCCUUGGUUGGGUUUGUGAUUAUCUGAUUGAUUUUCACAUGCUGACAUCCCUCAAGCUUCAAGGUAUGCGUUUGGAUUCCGCGUUUCUGGAUGAUUUAUCCUUUAGAUUUCCUAAUGUGAAGGAUUUGUCCUUGGAGUUUUGCUAUUCUAGAAAUAAGAUACAAAUCUGCAGCCACUCGCUCGAGCGUCUGGAAUUACUCACCCAAGGUGGAUGGAAGCCGAAGGUCGUACUUGAUGUCCCGCGUAUUCGUAAACUUGCAUUUAAAUGUUCUGAAAUACCUUCAGUCGUUUUCAUAUCGGAUUCAAAGGAGUUGUAUGAAUCGCUUGUAUCCCAUGUGUGUUAUAGUUUUACACAUCGGUGGUUUCUUAAUGUGAGCAAGCUGUUGACCGAGUUGAGGCGGUCAAAAAUUUCUCUCUAUCUCUCAGUCAGAUCCUCUGUGGAUAUGCCUAUGUCUAAUUACGACGUAGAAGACUUGGAUGGUUUACCCUCGUCUAGGCACCAAUUGGAACAUUUGAUGGUGGAAACAAACUAUAUGCGUUCUUUGACAUGUUAUGCGUUUUUUGAUGGGUUAUUCCGGUUAUGCUGCCCGAAGAUAAUUACGCAACGAUACCCACGCCGUGGGAUGUAUCAUGGCCACAAAACAAACAAUGAUUUCCUUUCCAAGAUGCUCGAAAGAGGAACGAAGGGAGUAUUCUCCAACUCUUGCAAUUUUAUGUAUGGCCUGCAUGAUCUCGAGGGGGUUUAUGUGAAGCCAUAUGACGAUGAUGGGGAUGAUGAUGUGUGGAUAUUAAAGUUCAAUUUACAUAAGCACGAUACAGAGACGGUACAGUUCCAUUUGAAAUGGAAGUCUACAUCCUAG